AUGGGAAAUAAUCAUUUCAGUGAUGUGGUGCUAGACAACAAAGCCAUCAGUGGAAUCACAGGUUCCAUUUCCAUUAGUUUUUGGAUUAUAGUGUUUGUUCCACAAAUUUAUGAAAAUUAUGUUAGAAAAUCAAGUGAAGGUUUAUCCCUUCUAUUCGUUGUAUUAUGGCUAGCUGGUGAUGUUUUCAACGUCCUAGGUGCUUUUUUACAACAUGUCUUACCAACAAUGAUUAUAUUGGCAAUUUAUUAUACUUUAGCUGAUUUAGUUUUAUUAGCACAAAUAUUCCUUUAUGGUGAUGGUCAAAAUGUUGAUCCUGUUCAUUUAUCACCUGCUAAUCCAUUAUCAGAAAAUAUUUUUGAUGAAGUAUUAGAUCAGGAUUCUGAUUCUACUUCAAAUUCACAAAUUGUGGAACAAGGAUUACCAACAGCAACAACAAGUUCAUCAUCCAAGAAAUCAACAAGAAGAACUAUAUUAGAAAGUUCAUUGAUUUUAUUUGUCAUUGUAUCUGGUAUUUUCGGUUGGUAUUUAACUUAUAAUCCAGAUUCAGAUUCUUCACCUGAUGAAGAUUUAAAAUUUGAUGUAUUAGCACAAUCAUUUGGUUGGUUAUCUGCAGUUUUAUACCUAGGUUCAAGAAUGCCACAAAUUUUAUUAAAUUAUCAAAGAAAAUCAUGUGAAGGUAUUUCAUUCUUAUUCUUUCUUUGUGCAUGUUUAGGGAAUUUAACUUAUGUUAUUUCUAUCUUGUCUAUAAGUGUUGAUCCAUAUUUCCUUUUGGUUCAAUCAAGUUGGUUGGCUGGUUCUAUUGGGACUUUGAGUUUGGAUUUUGUUAUAUUUGUUCAGUUCUUUUUGUAUAAUAGAGAUGAUGAUUAUGAAGAGUUGAACUGA